AUGCCUCGAGAACAACGGCGGGCUCGGGACGUAAACAGAGACGAUGAGCAAUACAUUAUUCUGGUCCAAGAUAUACCUCGCCAUUGCCGCUGGCAGGAACUCAAAGACAUGACUCGCAGUCUUGGAGGCGAACAGAGCUUGAAAGCCGAAGUCUUUGCAACUAGCGACGGAAGUCAAUUGGGUCAUUGCACUAUCAAAGGACGGAGUGCUGCGACUCAAGUAUAUGAGAACUUUUGUGUUCAGGGCUGGAACGGGAAAUGCGUCCGGGUAUCACUGGCAGUGCUUGAGAAACCUGGCAUAUUGAAGACUCUCGAGGGUCCGAGAAAGAGUCGUGGUGCCACAGUCGAAACACGAGUAUCUCCCAGUUUUGGCCAUCAUCCGCCUCCGGCAGGGCUGACCGGAAGUCAAACCGGCUCGUCAUGUCUACAGGUCUAUCCAAACACCUACCAAUUUGAGGCGAUGAGCAGCCAGAACCAGUUCUACCAGAGACCGACGCCAGCUCGCACAGCCAUCGUGCCCUCUCAUGCUUCGGCGGGGGCGAGCCGAGCACCCCCUUCUACCCCCGUCGCUCAAGUUUCCCCCUAUUCAUACCCGACCAGGACAAUAUCAUAUCCUACAGUAUCAGCUGCGAUGACCUACUCGCCGGCACUAGUUGGUGCACACUCGCGACAACACAGUGCAGUAGCGUCGAAGCCUUCAAGUCUAGUGUCUAUUGACGCUUCAAGGAGGGACAAGAGUCCCAACACUAUCUUGAUAUCUAGGCUUCCCCCUCAGCAGUCGGAGAAAGAGCUCCGAAGUCUCCUGGAACAAUACGGUUCGCUUGUCUACCUCGAUAUCGGUCCGAAGACGCCCACCACUGAGAAAGCCAAAGGGACAGCCAACGCGAGGUUUGGCUGCGCUGCCGAGGCCGAGGCCGCUGUCCAGGGUCUCAAUGGAUGUUAUCUUGGCGGAUGCAAGAUCAAACUUCGUCAAGAAAAGCCAGAGAGGACACUGUCAUCACGACCCGGUGGAAAGCCGACAAUGCCAUCUCCAGGCCGAGAGAUAUCGAUUGCCCAUCCCACAGCUGUGCAGAGCCCACACGAGGCAUUUUAUCAGAUGACACAAGGCAAGGCCGACCGUGACACCGGCAACACCGGAUCUUCGUCACCAUUAUCUGGUCCUUUGAUUGUGGACGGUGCUAGAUGUCUCUGUACGGGCGCCGAGGGGGGCUAUUCGGCGGAGACGCAGGACGACGAUAGCUCUGACGAUGACUCGGAUAGCAGUGACGAGGGGGAGGAGAAGAAUAAUGAUGAUGAUGACGAUGUGGCUCGGACGUCGGAUCGUGUGAGUGGCAUGAAAAUGUAG